AUGGCCUCUCAUUUUCUUUUACUAGGAAUCAUGUUUCUAAUUUUUUCCGUUGCUUUGGCGUCCGAUCAUAGUCCUCUUCAAGAUUUCUGUGUCGGAGACAAGAAUAGUCCUGUGCUAGUGAAUGGCAUGGUUUGCAAGGACCCCAAGCUUGUACAAGCUGACGAUUUCUUCUUCAGUGGGCUUCACAUGGUAGGCAACACGUCGAAUGCAGUAGGAUCAAAGGUGACUCCAGUAAAUGUAGCUCAGAUAGCAGGACUCAACACUUUUGGCAUCUCCCUUGCCCGUAUUGACUUUGCACCAUUUGGCAUCAACCCUCCCCACACACAUCCUCGUGCCAGUGAAAUUCUGACGGUCCUUGAAGGCAGCCUCCACGUAGGGUUCGUCACCUCCAACCCGGAAAACAGACUCAUUUCGAAGGUAAUUUACAAGGGUGAUGUGUUUGUGUUCCCACAAGGUCUUGUCCAUUUCCAGAAAAACGUUGGAUAUGGUAAAGCAGUUGCCAUUGCAGCUCUCAGCAGCCAAAAUCCGGGUGUUAUUGCCAUUGCCAACGCUGUAUUUGGAUCAAACCCUGACAUCUCCAGUGAUGUUCUAGCCAAGGCUUUCCAAGUUGACAAGAACACAAUCUAUCAGAUGCAGUCGAAAUUCUAGGCGCUAGGCAAGCAUUUGGAGCCGUUAACUAACUAAAAAAAAAGAAGAAGAAAAAAGAUCACUCAAUAUUUCUACAUGUGUUUAGCUUGCUAUUGGCUGAUUUAGUGAUUUGUUAUACUUGUUAAUUGAUUGUUUGAUUUGUUUCAAAGGUGAAUAAUAUUACAGUGUUCAAAUUUUAUGAAGUACUUUUGACUCGAUCUCUGCUUGUGCAUUGGUGAUGCCAUUUAUGUUAUUAUGGGUGCAAAAUUUCUAACUCCUACUUCACCCCUAUUGUAAUCCUCGCUUGAUGAUCUCUC